GAAACCAUGACUCUGUAUUCUUCUGAUUAGACAAACUACAAAGUUCUAUAAUCAGAAAGGAAAGUAAUAGAAGAAAAAAUUACCAUGGCAAGUAUAUAGGAAAAGCCUCUGACACAGUAGAAAGAUACAGAACUUCCACAAGUUUUGUCAAUUGAGGUGGGAAUAUUUAAUUUGGCAAAAAUGUCAAUGAAGUUCUCCUAUUGGCUUAGCAAUAAGGAUAAAUCGUCAAAGAAAUCUGCUGGUUGUAUGACUGGAAUUUUUCAAUUAUUUGAUCGCCAGUUUCUCCUCUGCCCAAGUCAAAUUAAUGAGCAACACCAUAAGAAGAGUCCUUCAGCUGAUGCAACAAUAAGCCUCUGCAACCAGGGAGUUGACUACACAGACUUCUGCAACUUGGAAUCAAGGUCUUCCAUGGAAUCGUCAACAAGAACCUCUCUCUCUUCUUCAUCCGCACCAUGUUCUUCACUCAAGCUGAGAUUACAAAAAGGGGAACCAAAAUCUUCUCAACAAUCAUUUUCCUCGGGAAGAUCGCCAAAGAAUUCAACAAAGCCAAGUAGUACAGAUUCCAUUCAAUCCCCAGGCUUCAGAAACAGCUUCAAGGAAUCUAUAUGCAAAGAUCUUAAAACUAAUUCAAUGAAAGAAAAAAGAAAGGAGGAGGUCAAAAGAAACAAAGUCCUGAAGCCAGUUGACUCUCCAAGGCCUAUUGAUCUGUCCAAUAUGAAAGAACUUGAAGAAUCACUUAGAACUUUGAUCCAACUUAGGGAAUUGCCUAGGAAUUUCCAUGAAGUGAGCGGUUCGCCUCGGUUUUCAUAUGAUGGAAGGAUUUCCACAUAUAUCAAACAAGCAAAUACGCAGAAAGAGCAGAGAAGAUUAUCUGUGGACAGCAUGGAAGAUUCACUAAGGCGUGACUUCAAAUCCAAAGUCAACUCACUUAAGAAGGAACUAGAAAAGAAAGCCAAUUCUAGGAUAUCUGAAGCCUCAACUCUUCAUCCAGAUCUUAAAAGUAAUGAAAAUCACACUAACAUAAUUGCAAAGCUCAUGGGAUUGGGGCCAAUAUAUUCAGCUAGAGAAAGUUGUGUCAAGGGGAAUGAACCAGUCGACAAACAGAAGAAACAAGAAAACAAAAAUGUCAAGUUCUUACAAUCUACGAGCAACUCACCUAAGUCUCCAAUUACUAUUAAUCCACGUUUGAAAUCCAAUACCAAUUCAAGAUUAGUUGCUGAAGAGACUAAACAGAAGAUGGCAGUUGAAUAUGAAGAGGACAAUGUGAAGCAGAAAAUUGAAUCAGCUUACAAUGUGAUAGAGAAGACAUUGCAGAAGCUUGAAUUCCAUCAUAACAGCAAGGAAAUAAGAGAUCUCAGACAUGCAAUAUUCGAUUCCAAGAACUCCACAAAAUGCUUGAGCCCAACCAGCAAGUCAGAAAAAUCAAGCAUCGCAGAAAGAGCUUUGAAGUCUCCAAUUACUAUCAGGAAAUCUGAAAGCAAUUCAGCCGGUAUUUCUUCCUCCCAAUCUGCUAGACUGGAAGGGCCAUCAGGUCUUAGAAAGAUUAAAACGAGCGAUUCAACCGACAAAAAGAAGAAAUCUUUGAGUGCCGAUGGAGGACAAACUCCAACUGGAAAGACAUCUAAUAGCUUGAAUUCAUCAGCCAAAGUAACAAGUGGAAGAUCAGGAGAUAACUCUGUAAGCCCAAGUUUGCAGAAGAGGAAGCCUGAUCAAGAGAGGAAAUCCUGUGCCGUGAUUCCUUCUUAUGGCUUGAAAAAGAACCAAUGGCAACCUGAUAAUAGGCAACAAGCAGAGUCAGUGUCUCCAAGUAGUAGAAUUAGACAGAAAUCAAGCAAGGCACAAGCUAAUGAAGGGAAGUCAAGUUUAUUGCACCAAACGAAGGGAAAGUCAGCCACCACUGCUGCUUCAGCCUCAAAACACACGCUACAUCAGAUGAUUGAAAGAAACGUUACUUUUGUGGAGGAGCUUGAGAAGAUGGUUCCUCAGUUGUCAAGCCCCAACUCUGUGCUUGAUGCCUCGCCAUACCAGGAUGACCUGCCUCUUUCCCCUUUAUCACUCUCGAGCAUAUCAAACGCAGAGGAUGAGAACCUUCCUUCAGCUCUCAAUUUGAAAAUAAUUCAUCUCCCUCAGAACCUUCCCUCAACUUUCAGCUUCAAAAAGGAUUCUCAGAAACAAGAAGCUCAUAAAUUCAUAUUUCCUGGAUUAAUUACAGACAAGAAUGAUCCAGAUAACAAAUAUGUGGCUGAGGUGCUCUUAUCAUCAAGCCUUCUAACAGAAGACUCACAAAUGUCUGCCAUUCUCAUGCAAAUAAAGCUGGUUGAACCAUUUGAAGCUGUUGAAAAGAACAAUACUCGGACACUUCACAAACAGCUUGUUUACGAUGUGGUGAAUGAGAUUCUACAUAGAAAAAUAGAGGCGUUCAACUCUGGUUGUCAGCAUGAUCAUUUACUUAAACCCAAUAUGUUGAGUUUGCAGCUUCUUUUUAAAGAACUUUGCUUCGAGGUAAAAUAUCUUCGGAGUUAUAUUGAUGGAAGCGUUCAAGGUAAGGACACAGUAUUUACUAAGGAUUUGAUCCAGCGAUCGAAUGUUUGGGACAGAUUUGACAGUGAAAUUCCUGUUGUAGUUUUAGAGAUUGAAAGGCUAAUUUUUGUUGAUCUGAUUAAUGAGAUUUUAAGCAGUUUGAUUAAUGUUGUCCUAGAGCCCAAGCAGAGAUAUAGAAGACAACUAUUUGUUUAAUGUCGGAUUUCAGUCUAGUUUGCAUUGGGUUUCUUUUUAUGUUCAUAAAUGUUUCUCCUUUACCACAUAAUGAAAUCAUUUGUUUCCAAUA